AGGCGGCACCGCCCGCUUGAACCGGAACCGCUUGGCGGAGGCCGCCCGGGGCGGCUGCUGCUGCUGCUGCUGCUGCCGCUGCGGCUGCCGCGGUGCCGAGGGGGUGAGGGGGGCCCGCGGGGGCGGAGGAGGAGCGCGGCGGCCCCGCCGCCCGGCGAUGGGGCUGUGCCUCGGCCGGCCCUGCGCCGCCCGGCCGCGCAGCAGCGCUUAGCUCGCCCUCCGCUGCCGCAGCCCUCGCCGCGGGGCUGCCGCCUCGGAUGACCCAGCGGCGGGAGCCGCCGGCGAGUGCAGCCGCAGGGCGCCGCAGCCGCCGCCUCUCCCCAUCCUCCUCCUUGUCCUCCUCCUCCUCCUCCUCCUCGCCCAUGGCCGCCCGCCGCCGCCGCUGCUGCUGCUGCUGCUGCUGACCGGCCGCCCCUCGCCUCCUCCCCGGCCGGGGUGGGCUGGAGCCGCGAAGAUGGGGAACACCACCUCCUGCUGCGUCUCCUCCAGCCCCAAGCUGCGCAGGAAUGCCCACUCCCGGCUGGAGUCCUACCGCCCCGAGGCCGACCUGAGCCGGGAGGACACGGGCUGCAACCUGCAGCACAUCAGCGACCGGGAGAACAUCGACGAUUUGAACAUGGAAUUCAACCCAUCAGAUCAUCCACGGGCCAGUACGAUAUUUCUCAGUAAAUCUCAAACAGAUGGAAAAUUAUUGAGAGAAAAACGCAAGAGUCUCUAUAUAAACCACCAUCCUCCUGGGCAGUUGAGAAGGAAGUACAGUUCCUGCUCCACUAUUUUCCUGGAUGACAGCACAGUCAGUCAACCAAACCUCAAGUAUACCAUCAAAUGUGUAGCUCUUGCAAUAUAUUACCACAUCAAAAACAGGGACACAGAUGGAAGAAUGCUCUUAGAUAUUUUUGAUGAAAACCUUCAUCCCCUUUCGAAAUCCGAAGUGCCACCAGAUUAUGACAAACAUGAUCCAGAGCAGAAACAGAUUUACCGCUUUGUUCGGACGUUGUUCAGUGCUGCUCAACUGACUGCUGAAUGUGCCAUUGUCACCCUGGUAUAUCUUGAAAGACUUUUAACUUAUGCAGAGAUAGAUAUUUGUCCAGCGAACUGGAAGCGAAUUGUACUGGGUGCAAUUCUACUGGCAUCCAAGGUUUGGGACGACCAGGCGGUGUGGAAUGUGGAUUACUGCCAGAUCCUGAAAGAUAUCACAGUCGAAGACAUGAAUGAGCUGGAACGCCAGUUUCUUGAGCUGUUGCAGUUCAAUAUUAAUGUUCCCUCCAGUGUUUAUGCCAAGUAUUAUUUUGAUUUGCGUUCCCUGGCAGAAGCGAAUAACCUGAGUUUUCCUUUGGAGCCCCUCAGCAGGGACAGGGCAUGUAAACUUGAGGCCAUUUCCCGCUUGUGUGAAGAUAAAUACAAGGACUUCAGGAAAUCUGCAAAGAAACGGUCAGUCAGUGCUGACAAUCUGACUGUGGUUAGAUGGUCGCCUGCUAUUAUCUCCUAACAGAGGAGACUGGAAUAUUCCCACGGACGUACUGUUUCAUCCAUCCAAUUUUUUUCGGGGUGGGUUGGGGGGAAAAAAAGAAAAAAGACUUUUGAUUUUUUUAUUUUUGAAUCUGUCGAGCUGCCUUUACAGUGCCUCCCCAUUGUGUAGCACACGAGCAAAAUACCUAGCGGAAGCUGAAAUGGAGAAGUCAAGUGUUUGGGAUAGAAGAUGGGCAACAAUCUUUUUCUCACAUUCACUAACAGCUUUACCCUUUCUAUGAGGAAAGAGCAAAUCAGGUGCUUGGAAGAAGAAACAACAAACGAAGUAGAGGCAGACAAAUAUUUAAGAACUGUGCCAUUUUCCAAUAUGCUGUACUUUGAAGAGAAAUGAACCGUGUAGUCAGAUGACUGUGCACUAGAGGAGUGACUUUGGAGAGUUCCAUCUUAAAGGUUUCUCUUAAUACCUUUCUCAGUUUUUCUUUUUGCAUUCCUCAUUGCUGCUUCCCAGGAUAAAUUCUUCCCCUUGCACAGCAGCAAAUACCAAGUCUGUAUUAACAGUAGCACAAGCCCCUGGAUAAAUAGUGUUGUUUUUUUUCACUGCACUUUUCUCUGUAAGCUGUCUUAUUAGCAUUAUUCUCCAUAAUUAUUAUGCAUAUGUUAUAUUUCUUGUAUGCCUUUUAUUGUAUUUCAAAAGAGAGAACUUGACCAUAGUGCUGAACCAAAAGCAUGUACAGGGAUCAGAAGAUCGUUCGUAAUUUCAUGAUGUGUUUUAUUUAUAGUAUACUUGGGUGCGUGUGCCUUCCUGAGUUCUUGGAAUCACUUCUUUUUCCUUAAUGUAAAGAUACAGUUAUUAAUGUAUUCAGACGAUGAUGAUGAUAAGACUUGGGCCAAAUCUCUGAAAUUUGCAACAGAUCUUGUGAUCCUUUUUGCAGAUUUUCAUAGCAUUAGAAGUUUAGCAGAAUUCAUUUUGAGAAAGCUUUUUUUUUUUUGUAUGGCCUGACUAGUUCAUUCCUUCACCUCCAGGUCCAUUGUUGCAAGCAAUAUUCUCAAUUUUUAUAUGUUUACUUUAAAUCAAAGUGAGUCUGUUUGUAAAAAAUAAAAAAUAAUUAAAAAAAAUGUUCCAGUGAGAAGACCUGUAGAGAGCAGAAGGAAAAUCUUAAGGUAUUUGUCACAAGUAGAUUUUAUUUUGAAGCUAAAAUACAAACCCUCUUUUAUUUUAUUUUGUUUAGCGUAGGUGCUUUUAGAAAUUAAAAAUAACCAAACUGUGAACAUAAUUUUCAACUCUGAUUAUUAAGCUCUUCUGUUGCUGUUACUAGUUCCCUCUUACUGUGGCUGUUGCCCCCUUGGGACCUGUAAGAACCUUUUAUAGAAAAAUAAUUUGUCAAUAUAAGCAUAUUCGCUUUAUAGUGCCCCAGGGUGAUUUUUUCCCUUUUUUUGCACAGUUCAGAAAGAUACGGUUGGAAACUCUCAGUUCUCUGAAACCCUUUCUUUGUGACUACCACUGAAAUGAGUGGCAACAGACGUCCCUGAUUUAUGCACUACUGUGGUAAACCAUAAUGAUUCCAUAUUUGUUUUAUUAAGCCCUAUGGGCUUGUAGCAAACCUAGGGGCCCAGAGAUGCACGCUUCCCUUCAGUGCAAUGGGAAUCAGAUGCCUCCAGAUGGAGGGGUGCUGACAGGAUUGAAGUAGUAAUACCAAACAGUUUUGUGUUAACUUUCUAAUGUGAUCUGUGUAGUUUGAGACAUGAAGGUUUUGUCCGUAAAUUCUCCUGAUGUCCUUUGGGCCUUUCAGAUAUCUAAUUCUCAUCAUUGUUGUGCCAAUGCAUCAGAACUGUGAGCAUCCAAGUCCAUUUUUCCCUUGAACGUGGAAUGUAAGGAAAGUCUUUAUAACAAUACGAAUGCAAAUCAGAGCAUUUGAAACCUCUUUACAGAUAAUAUCAAAAGUAACAUUUUCAACGCAUUUGAAAUUCAUCCUUUAUAAGCAUAAAUUUAGGCUUUAAAAUAUGUAAAAUAUUUUGAUUUAUCAACACUUUGCUAAACUAUUUUCCAUUAACUUGAUAUCAGGAAUAUUGGUUUUAUCCAUUUCUGGGUGAUAGAGAUAUGAACCUUGGAUUAUGUAAAGAUCUCAAUGCAUCUACUAUAAUUUUUGUGAAGUUUAUUAAACUACUUUAAAGAUUGUAUAGUCUAUUUAUUGUAUGUAUGUACAUACAGUCUGAUACUUUAAAAAGUGGAUUCCGUAAAACCUGGCUCAGUCUUGUUUAGACUAUUGAAUAUCGUUUUAGCCUUGUGCACUGGACUCUACCUCUGUAUAGGAGAAUUUUCCAUAUUCUUAAUUAGUACUGAUUCUGUGAUUAACUUGGUUAUGUUUCUUGCACUAAGAAUUAAAAAGAAAAAAAAUCUGCUGUAAGUGUGGAUUUUUUCUUUAGUUCAAGCUCUGUUGUAUGAAUCCUCUACAUUUAAAUGGAGUUUUCUUUCCCUCAUGGUUAUAAAAUAAUUCAUUGUUUUUUCUUCUGGUUUGUUCCAAGUUUGCCAAAAAAAAAUACACACAUAUAUAUAUAUGUAUAUAUAUAGUACCUUACAGUAAAUCUGAAUAAGUGUCGUUUGUUUGCAAGGUACUCUAUACCAUGUAAUUAAAAAUGAAUUAUUAUUUAGGAUUUUUGCACUUAGUGUACGUUUUUUUUAAGCGUUACUGUAUGGAAAACGCCAUUGCAAGAUUAGAGAACCACCCAGGGUGUGAGAACAAGAGGAGAACCAAUAGCAUUUUCAUUAACAGCACAAAUAAAUUGUGGUUUUCAUUUCAGAACCUGAAACGAAAUUUGCUGUAAAUGUUUUCUGGAUUAAGGUUUUCAUUAUGGCUUUGGUCACCAGCUCAAAAGCAAAAAGGUGUAAUAAACCUGUCCCUUCAAGCA